CUGCGCCUGCUGGUGGACCACUCGGUGGUGGAGGCGUUUGGGCUGGGCGGGCGGAUGCGCGCCACGGCGAGAGUGUACCCUCUGGACCCGGCCGCCUCCUGGGGCGUGUCGCUGUUUGCGCGGCUUCCAGGCGGCGCGGCGGUGGCAGACACCAGCGUG